AAUAAAAAUCAAAAAAUGACAAUACGCAUGUCCUUGCAUCACAUGCUUUGCUUUGACAUUCACAGUACAGAAUGUGUUCCUCCGAAACAGAUCCAAGCAUUUCAACCAAAUUUUAAGAUGUUCACACACAUUGUCCUACAGGUUUUAUGGAUUACAUUAACAUUGAAUCAUUGCACCAUGGCAGGACAAUCUUUAACCACUGCUAUUCAUCGUACCCAAGCUGCCCAGGAACGUAUCAAUGACCUAAAGUGCUACAAAUGUGAUACCAUGGACGAUGGUGAACUAUGUGUGGAUGUGUUGGCCUCCAAUGCCACCAAUUUCAUACACAAAUGUGAGGGUGAAGAGUUUAUUUGCAUGGUCAAACGUUUCUCCUAUACCACCAGUAAUGAAAAUUCCACCAGCUCCCCGAAGAUGUGGUCACUGGAUCGUCGGUGUGCGGUCAACUGUGAACCCGGUUGUAUUGUCAUCGGUGAGCGCACCAAACUCUAUGCCUGUACAUCCUGUUGCGAGUCCUCAAUGUGUAAUACGGGCAAAGGUUCGGCCUCGUCCGUUCUCUAUCGUCGCAUAGAGACGGGUAUUGGCACACUGUUGGGUCUGACGUUGGUUAAGUGCUUCCUCAGCUACAUAUCUUGAAUGACGAACUCCAACGUAGCCACGUAUCCACGUAGCGAUUAGCUGUUGUAAUUCCCCCCUUGCCGUGACAGAAAGAGAGAAAUAACGAAAGAGGACCAGUGCCAAGAUGAUGUCUGUUUUUCUUUUUGACUCUAUUUUACUCUUGAAAAUCUUGUAGAAUUUAUUGAAGACUUCCUCCUUGUAGUUGAAAUUUUAUGAAAUAAAUAAUGAUAAUUAUUGUUUAA